AAGAGCUACCUGCUGCAACAAGCCCCGUCUCCUCUCCACCCCGGCCGCAGUUAAAUGGAGCCUCAUGAACUCAGCAUACUGUCCGCGAAGUUAAAAGAAACCUAGACAAACCCGAAGUAGAACAUGGGCAGAAACUACCGUCUUGUUUUUUAAACAACACGUUAGCAUGUUGUUUACGUGGCUUUAUAUUGACAGUUAACGUUAGCGGGGAAGCUAGCUAAUGUUAGUUAGUUUGUUUGGCUAAUUAUUCCCGUGGGACGGCUGUCGAGUAUCAACUAAUGGAGAUAACAGCUAAAUUAAUUAGCUUGGAUUAGCGACGUUGCUUUGUAGCAUAAUAUAGUAACUACUGGGCUUUAUUGGCCGUUAGCAGUGGAUCUGAGACUCUCAUUGUUUACUCGUUUUCGCGGUAUGGUUCUUCUGGUGGUUUUAUGGGGCUUUCAAGGACCAUGAUGCCGUCUAAGCUCCAGCUGCUGGCUGUGUUGGCAUUUGCGGUGGCGAUGCUGCUCAUAGAGAACCAGAUCCAGAAACUGGAGGAGUCCAGAGCCAGACUCGAAAGGACCAUUGCCAGACACCAGCUGGCAGAAGUGGAGCAGCGACACAGUGAAGACUUGGGGAGGGAAUCCCCCCCACUGGCAGAAAAAGACGACAUGGUCAUCAUCUACAACAGAGUGCCCAAGACGGCCAGCACCUCCUUCACCAACAUCGCCUACGACCUGUGUGGGAAGAACCGCUUCCACGUGCUGCACAUCAACACCACCAAGAACAACCCCGUCAUGUCCAUACAGGACCAGGUGCGCUUUGUCAGGAACGUCACCUCCUGGAGAGAGAUGAAGCCAGGCUUCUACCACGGCCAUGUAGCUUAUCUGGACUUCUCCAAAUAUGGAGUGCAGGGUAAGCCAAUGUAUAUUAACGUGGUGCGGGAUCCCAUCGAGCGCCUGGUGUCAUAUUACUACUUCCUGCGCUUUGGAGACAACUACAGACCCGGGCUGCGACGAAGGAAACAAGGAGACAAAAAGACCUUUGAUGAGUGUGUGUCAUCGGGGGGGUCGGACUGUGCUCCUGAGAAGCUGUGGCUGCAGAUCCCCUUCUUCUGCGGACACCAUUCAGAGUGCUGGGAUGCCGGCAGUAGAUGGGCCCUGGAGCAGGCCAAGUACAACCUGGUGAACGAGUACCUGCUGGUGGGGGUCACUGAGGAGCUGGAGGACUUCAUCAUGAUCCUGGAGGCCGCGCUGCCUCGCUUCUUCAAGGGAGCCACGGAGCUCUACAGAACAGGCAAGAAGUCCCAUCUGCGAAAGACCACUGAAAAGAAGCCCCCCAGCAAAGAGACGAUCGCCAAGCUGCAGCAGUCGGACAUCUGGAAAAUGGAAAAUGAGUUUUACGAGUUUGCACUGGAACAGUUUCAGUUUGUGCGCGCUCACGCCGUCAGGGAGAAAGACGGAGAGCUGUACGUCCUGGCUCAGAGCUUCUUCUACGAGAAGAUCUACCCCAAAGUCAGCUAAAAGCCGGAGGAAGAGGGGGGGGGGGGGGCACGCGCACGGGGGCUUUCCACUACCUCAAACAGCAUUUCCGCCAGGGGGGCGUCUUGCCGUCAUUUGACGCCAUUAUUCAGGGUGCUAGAAACUGUGGUAACAUGAAGAGAGCCGAGUCAAAUGGCUCACUAACGUAAAGAGUUAGUAUCUAUAAGGGACGGCUCAAUUCAACCGCCCUCUCAGCCCUGGUCUGGUGGAAACACUGACCCCAAAGUCUUUACACUGGGAGGAGGUCUAUCACAUGAUGCUGGUGGAUGUGUCUCAUUCAGUGGACUUUGUAUGAGGAAUCUUAUUUUGUAUUGCUGCAGUUUGAGAGAACGUAACGUGGAUACAAACUGCGUGUGAACGGUGAGAAAGAGUUUAAAUCAAGAGCAGGGGAAAUAAUUACUGGAUCUGAUCAUCUCCAAACCCAAACACUCAUCAAGUUCGUUUGGCUUUUUAAAAGUGGAGCGUCAAGAUAAAAGCAGCAUUCCUCAACUAGUUUAAAACCAUUUCUGACUGCUUUGAGAAAGAAACCGAUCUGUAUUAAUUUUUACAAACAUUUUCCGUGCACACAUUCUUAAAACUGUAAAAAAUAAUCCAAGCUGCGGUUGUGUGUAUAUAUAUAUAUAUA